AGUAUCAGACUGCUCCGGGUGUGUGCGCAUGUUGUAGGAAGAAGGCGGCGGUGAGCGGUGUCGGUGGAGCGGACCAUGUCCUGUGUGUAGAGCCCGGAGAGGGAGGGGGGACACCAUGAAUCUCCGGGGCCUCUUCCAGGACUUCAACCCCAGUAAAUUUCUCAUCUACGCCUGCUUGUUGCUGUUUUCUGUUCUCCUCUCCUUGCGCCUUGAUGGUAUUAUACAGUGGAGCUACUGGGCAGUGUUUGCACCAAUAUGGCUAUGGAAACUAAUGGUAAUUGUUGGCGCCUCUGUGGGGACCGGAGUAUGGGCACGAAACCCUCAGUACAGGGCAGAAGGUGAAACCUGUGUGGAGUUUAAAGCAAUGCUUAUAGCGGUGGGGAUUCACCUGCUGCUCCUAAUGUUUGAAGUUCUUGUCUGUGAUCGAAUCGAGAGAGGAAACCACUACUUCUGGCUCUUGGUCUUUAUGCCUCUAUUCUUUGUGUCUCCAGUUUCAGUUGCUGCUUGUGUAUGGGGCUUCCGACAUGACCGUUCUCUUGAAUUGGAGAUCUUGUGCUCUGUUAAUAUAUUGCAGUUCAUAUUCAUUGCACUAAGACUGGAUGGCAUCAUCACUUGGCCAUGGCUGGUGGUGUGUGUGCCUCUUUGGAUUCUUAUGUCCUUCCUGUGUUUGGUGGUUUUGUAUUAUAUUGUGUGGUCCGUCCUUUUCUUGCGAUCAAUGGAUGUCAUAGCCGAACAAAGACGGACACAUAUCACCAUGGCAGUUAGUUGGAUGGCUAUAGUUGUGCCGUUGCUCACUUUUGAGAUUCUGCUUGUACAUCGACUAGAUGACCAUAACUUGUUCUCCUACAUCCCAAUCUUUGUCCCUUUAUGGCUUUCUUUAAUCACUCUGAUGGCAACAACAUUUGGGCAAAAAGGAGGCAAUCACUGGUGGUUUGGCAUUCGGAAAGACUUCUGUCAGUUCCUGCUAGAGAUCUUCCCUUUCCUUCGGGAAUACGGCAAUAUAUCCUAUGAUAUUCAUCAUGAGGACAGUGAAGAUGCAGAGGAAACGCCUGUACCAGAACCUCCCAAAAUUGCCCCAAUGUUUCGAAAAAAGACUGGCGUAGUAAUUACACAAAGCCCGGGCAAAUAUGUUGUGCCUCCUCCCAAGCUGAACAUAGAUAUGCCAGAUUAAAGGGACUUCAAGACAUGAAGAACUUGCCUAGGUGCACUUGCCUGUUUCCAGCCCGAGGGUAAAAGCAGCUCUUCACAAUGAGACCAGACUAUCUAUGCUACUGACCUUACUUCAUUUUUGUUUCUUUUGCUUUGUUUUUAAAAACUUUAUUUUUAAAAUGCAGCAUAACAUUACAUAUCUGUGCUGCUGCAUUGCAAUUUUCUCUCCCUGACCAUGUCAGCUCAGCUAACAGAUGAUCAAUGUAGCUAUUCAUUACAUGCUUGAACUUCUAAGAGAAUAAAUUAAUGUUAUUGUGAAAUGCUGUUUGGCAUACCUGUAAAGGUUAUUCUUGUGUUUGAUGUGCAGCUAUUAUGCAAGGCUCCUUCUGCUUUGGACAAAACUCUUGCAUUACCUACUUUAUACCACUAGUGUAUUUUUAUGUAUGAAAUAUUGAUUUAUUAAAACCUGAGCACUGCUUCUGUAAUAGUAAUUAGGGGAUCACCUUCUGGCCUCUCUCCCGUUUCAUGGAACCAGGACCCCACUUUUCACCUGCUAGAGAAACUGAAUAGAGUAGCCAAUCAUAACCUACGAGAAAUGCUUAGGGGACCCCGCUCAGGCUGUUAAGGUCUGAUGCUGACUGGGGAAAGGUUUGUCCAGACCCAAAGCAUGCUGUAGAAAUGGGAAGAGAGAGGCCAGCUGCUGCACGCUUCACCCUGCCUGAGUGGUUACAAAAGCAUUAUCAGCUUCAUUUAUCCAGGUCAUGUCUCAAAAUGUUUCGCCUCAGGGGCAGGAAAAAAAACAGGAUGGGGGCAUGGCCUGGAUGAAUUGAACGGAGGCAUGCUUUUACCACUUAGACUGGGUAUCUCUCCCUAUUUAGAGCUGCUAACCAGUUUAAAUGAAACACUCCAUGAGUGCUAUUAUAUGUAAAAAAAACGACUUCAGUCUACCUAGUGAAUUUUAACAAUAAAUAGGAAGAUGGCUUUUGCUCAUAAAAUACAUUUUGGGUCGAGGGACUGACCUUUCACCCUUUUUAGAAAGCAAAACGGAACUUUAGUUUAGCCUGGCAAAUCCAUUUUGUUGAUGUGCCUGCCUUUAGAACUUGCAAUCUACCCUGGGCAUCUGAUGGGUGACUGCAUCUUGAUGCAAUUUGGUAUGAAGGAAGAUUAUUUGAGUAGUAUUCCACCAGUAAAGUCACCAAUCCUUUUCUGCAUUGUUUUGGGUCAGUGACCGUAAUGACAUUUUGUUUUUCAUUGAUCAUCUCUAAGUAGAAAUACCCUUUAAUGACACUUAAAAAGAUUGUAGUAUUUGAGAAGCAGACAUUGACCCAAUCUUAACCCUAGGAUUUUUUUUUUUUAGUUUUUUGUAGGUAUUGCAGCCUUGCUUGUUUGUAUAGUAUUUAUAAAAUUGUUUUAGCAAUGUAAUAUAUUCUGUUCAAAUUAUACUUGUGUACAGUAUAAAUUGUUAAAUACAAAAUAUUUUUUUAAAUAAGAUUUGUUUGUAAAAAAAAAUAAAGCUUAUGUUUCCAGAUUUGUCAUUUAUAAUUUUAAAUACCGUUGGAUGUGUAUCAUCAACAAACGAAAAGCCAGUACUUUUUUUGUGUUUUUGUUCUAUUUUGUUUUGUUUUUCACACUGAUCUAGAAAAUCACUAUCCAAAUUGAAUGUUACUUAUUAUGCACUGAAACGGUGUUGCUUGUAAAGUUUACUGGCCAACCUUUUAUUAACAUGUUUCUGUUGCAAGUGUUCAGUAAACUCUUUGAAUGUCUUAAGA